AUGUUCGAGAACUUGUGCGCGCUCCCAGUGGAGCACGAUAUUUUUGUGCAAGCGAUACAUCCAGAAGAGCCCGUUAUAUCUGUAGGCUUGGCUAGCGGCCAUGUCCAGACUUUCAGGCUGCCUUCUGACGCGACCGACGACGACGACGAUGACACGGCGCCAGCCUCGGAGAAAGGCUUUGGUACCAUAGACAAUGUCUGGCGCACACGGCGACACAAGGGAAGCUGUCGAACACUCGGAUACAGCGUUGAUGGUACGUCGCUGUACUCGGCAGGAACAGAUGGCAUCGUCAAGGUCGCAGACUCCAUGACCGGCCAGGUCACUGCGAAGAUUGCUGUACCGCUAGAUCCCGCCAAUGGUGGCAUCGAUGCGCCUACGCUCGUCUACGCCCUUUCUCCGCAAUCGCUCAUCCUCACAACCGACUCCGGCGCACUGCACAUCUACGACAUUAGGAACCUCAAGGGUGGCGAAAAGGUCUCCCUGAAGCCCGAAAACUCACACCGUCCGCACGAUGACUACGUCUCCUCCCUCACACCUCUACCACCCACGCAAGCGAGUACCAGUGGCUUCAGCAAGCAAUGGGUCACAACAGGUGGCAGCACACUGGCAGUCACCGAUCUGCGGAGAGGAGUCAUGGUUCGCAGUGAGGACCAAGAGGAGGAGCUGCUUUGUUCCACCAUUGUCACCGGGCUACCAAAGAAGGGCUCGAGUGUAGGUGAGAAGGUCAUAGUAGGUGCAGGCGACGGUGUUCUCACACUGUGGGAGCGCGGAGUAUGGGACGACCAAGACGAGCGCAUCAUCGUCGACCGCUCCAAGGGAGGCGGCGAGAGUCUGGAUUCCAUCACUGUCGUACCAGACGGUGUUGGACCCGGCGGCAAGCACAUCGCAGUAGGCUUGGGCAACGGAGACAUUCGAUUUGCUAAGCUCGGCCCGAAUAAGAUUGUCUCGGAGCUCAAGCAUGACGAGCUGGCCAAGGAGAGCGUCAUUGGUCUCGGCUUCGACGUUACUGGUCGCAUGAUAAGCAGCGGUGGAAAGACCGUCAAAGUGUGGGGAGAGAAGACCUGGCAGGACGUUGAUGAAGAUGAUGAAGAUGAUGAGGAGCCUGCCAAUGGCAAGCGAGACCACGAGAGCGAGGAUGAUGGUGAUAGCGACGAGGAUAUGGAUGAUAGCAGCGAAGAGGACGAGCCAAAGCAGAAGCGCAAGAAGAGAAAGAAGAACAAGGGCGGGCAGGCCCCGGAUGACUGCAACUGCUUCUACUCUGCUCUCUCCAAGACGGCUGUAUUCCAGCCCGCUACGCUCGAAGGCCCCGCCGGUGUUGACGGCCGGCUAGAUGAGAUUGCACAAACGCAUGUCAGAGAUUUUGUGGCGGAGAAGAGGUCUCAGGGGGGCGAGCGACCUAAUGUGCCCCCGUCGAAGCUUUAUCAACCGCUCAUAGACGGCGAAAUACGCGUCUUGGAGUUAUAUGCAGGAGAACCCGGAAGUCCACUUAAAGGAGCUCUACACACAGUUAGCAUCGACUUCUCGUAUCCUGCAAGAGAGGAGCAAUAUACUCAGCCUUUCGACAAUCCAGCAAACACAAGCAGGAGAACCUUGACCUUCACGAGGCAUACCAACCAUGCCGUUUCGCUUGUUACAGGGGGACCUGUGUGGUUUACCGCACUGAGCUAUGUCUGGGGCGCACCCGUCUUUGACCACACAGUAGCGUUCGAGCAUGGUGAGUUGAAGAUUACAGCAACCCUCGCAGGGGCCUUGGAACACAUGCGCUCCACUCAGCAUAGUGUGGUCAUGUGGGCGGACCAGAUCUGCAUCAACCAGGAAGACAAGGCAGAGAAGGUGCAACAGAUCCCACUCAUGGGGAUGAUAUACACACAUGCGACGGAAACCCUUAUAUGGCUCGGCGACGAAAACGGAGAGGACCCGGCCCUCGCAUUAGACUUGAUGGAAACCGUCUACGUGCGUCUGCAAGGGACCGAUGCGCAAGUAACGCCCGCCGACUUUUCGAGGCUGGACUUUCCACCCAGCGAUGACCGAGCAUGGUGGGCAGUCCGCCAAUUCCUCCGGCGACCCUGGUUUGGCAGGCUGUGGACCAUUCAAGAAGCUGUUCUUUCAAGAAACCUGUUUGUAAAAUGCGGCAAGGCAGAGGUCUGCUGGGAUGACUUUGCAGCGUGGUGUUACGACUUGAGAGAAACCCACAUUCUCAGCUGGCUAACAGCAGAUGUUGUGCUGAAGGAGAAAUACGGCGAGGUUACCAAUGCUUGGACGCUGCCACCACAAGGGGCGACGGUAGUCAAUUCGAUACAAGCUGAUCGCCUGCACGGCUUGACACUUGUCCAAAAAGAAGCCUUACUGACUAUCCUGGAGUCUACGCGGUAUGCUCAGGCGACCGAGCCGAAAGACAAGAUUUACGGCGUACUGGGUAUAGCAGAUUCGACCGUCGUACCGGAUUAUAAAGGAUCCACCAGAGAGGUAUACCACAACGCCUGCCUGACGGAGAUUCCGCUGCGUAUAUACGAGCUGCUGAGCUGCGUCGACCACGAGGAGCCGCUUCGGCCAUCAUGGGUACCAGAUUGGAGCGCACCUCGUGUGACAAAAGCCCUGGGCUACUUGACAAAGUCUUGGGCUCUAUAUUGUGCGGGCGGUAGACCCGUCACAGGCGCGCAGCUACCCAAAGUGGUCUUGAGCGAUGACAAACGCGAGAUCACGCUCUGUGGUAAGGUCGUCGAUACAAUUGCCAUCAUAGGCAAUGUUAGCAACGACCCUUUCCUUGAUAUCACCAAUCCGCCGCUGAGCAACAGUGAUUUGAGAUCCUACGCGGAGCUGGUCAUGGGUGCAGGUCGAACACAGACCUACCUCCUACUAGGCACUUCAACCUACGAGGCCUUUCUACACACACUACUGGCAGGACGCGAUGGCACAGGCGUCUUAGCUCCCUCCGCGGAUCACAGCGAGGUCUUUGGCUUAAUUCUCGAUGCCACGACAGGAAAAUCUCUCUCCCUUCCCGGCCAGACUAUGAGCAUCCGGCGGCAGAAAGGCUACUUCAACCUCGACAGUCUCAAGACGAGGAAGCCAGCCAAGAUCUUGGAAGACUUGAAUACGGCGCUCCGGGCCGCCUUAGAGAUGCGGCGAUUUGCUGUAACCGAGAAGGGCUACUUUGCGCUAGUGCCGAGAGGUGUGCAAGUCGGUGAUAAGGUCGCUGUAUUCGAUCGAGCAUGUGUACCUUUUGUGAUGAGGCAGAUCCAAGUUGAAGGGGAUGGCAAGAAGUUCGAGCUUUUGGGCGAAGCAUACGUUCAUGGUGUCAUGAAGGGGGAAGUAAUGGCUAUGGAGGAUAUCGAACUUCAGGAUAUCACGCUUCUCUGA